UCCUCAAAGCAGGGGCGGACUGACCAUUUGGAAACUCGGGCACUGCCCGAGGGCCCUGGGUCAGUAGGGGGCCCCAUGAGAUGCCCCUGGUACCUUUUUCAUAGGCUUUUUUGAGUUUGGGCAAGGACACAGGGGCCCCAUGAUCCCCUAUUGCCCGGGGGCCCCAUGAGUUGUCAGUCCGCCCCUGCCUCAAAGUUAAGGCUAGCCAUUUGCUUUUAACCACUUGCCCUCCUGAGGAUUUACC